AUGCUGAAUAGAUAUAUUAAUAUUUAAAGAAAGAGCGCGUGUUUGCUUGUAACGAGAGAGAGGAGGCUAUACUCGCGCCCCUCUCUCUAUUUCUCCGCCAUCGACUCCACCGCAUAUCUCGGUGCCUCCGCCCAUCCUUUUCUUCUCCGUUUACUCUUUCUCCGAUCUGCAUUUUCCAUUUUCUUCGGAUGCCGCUGAUCUCAAAUUCUUCACUGUGCUGCACCGUCGCCGCCGGCGUGGUUAACUCCUCGGAGAGGACGGCGAGGUUUCCCUACAAUUUUUGGAGGAAUUCCAAGGUCGCGUCUCCGAUUCUUCGGUUCUCUGAGAAUGACAAAUUCGGCGUGUCUCGGCUUGCUCUUAGCCACUCUAGACGGGAAGUUAAAGAAAGGACCGUAUCAAUGGCAUUAGUGAGCGAUACUCUAGGACAGAAGGGAGAUGUGGCCAGCUCCUCUAGCAUCUUGGCAUAUGAUUUGAUUCAAGGGGAACUUGUGAGAUGGAGUUCUGUCAUGGAUAGAUCUAUACCUGAUCCACCAACAGCUGUUUUUCUGCAUGGGAUCCUAGGUUGCAGGAAGAACUGGGGAACUUUUGCUAGGAGAUUGGCACGAGAGUUUACUACAUGGCAGUUUCUUUUAGUAGACUUGCGAUGUCAUGGUGAUUCAGCAUCAAUCAAGAGGAGAGGUCCCCAUAGUGUUGCAUCUGCAGCUAUUGAUGUUUUAAAACUGGUUCGGGAGCUAAGAAUAACACCUCGUGUGUUAGUUGGUCAUAGUUUUGGGGGGAAAGUUGUUUUAAGCAUGGUUGACCAAGCUGCAAAGCCUCUUGCCCGACCAGUGAGAGCUUGGAUUCUGGAUGCGACACCCGGAAAAGUUCAAUCAGGCGGAGGUGGAGAAGACCACCCAGCAGAACUCAUUUCCUUUCUUAGUACCCUGCCAAAGGAGGUCCCUUCAAAGCAGGAUGUUGUUAAAGCUCUUAUUCAACAAGGAUUUUCCAAUGAUGUAGCUCAGUGGGUUGUGACUAACCUGCGACCUACCAACUCUUCUGGUUCACAAUCAUCAAGCUUCUCAUGGGUGUUUGACCUAAAGGGGAUUGCAGAAAUGUAUCAAUCCUAUGAAGAAACAAAUUUGUGGAAAAUUGUUGAAGAUGUACCUCGUGGUGUGCACAUGAACUUUUUGAAAGCCGAAAGAAGCUUACAUAGAUGGGCUCUUGAAGAUCUUCAACGCAUCCAUGCUGCUGAGGAGCUUGCUGCUGAGGAAGGAGGUGGAGUUGAAAUGCAUGUCCUUGAAGAUGCUGGCCACUGGGUACAUGCCGAUAAUCCAGAUGGGCUCUUCAGGAUGCUGUCAUCCUCCUUCCAGGGAAGCAAGACCUGAGUUUACAAAUGUGUAAAUUUCCAUUUACAGGAGAUGGGUUGCCUUCAGAUUUUGAUGAUAUUCUUUUUUCCCAUUUUUGGGUCCAGUUAUCCCCUCUGUAUAUGCUAUUCCCCCCUCCCCCAUCUAAUUGUACAUUUAUAUUUUUCGUUACUGUAUUUAUUUAAUCUCACAACAAAUAGUUAGCGUUGAUGCUAGUCUAAUUACACAUGAACAAACUUUUAGGAGUUGUUUAAUAUGCAGAUUAAGUAUAUUAACUUGAAUAUUUAUUAUGUAGUUUCUAAUAUACUAUUUAUCUGUUUUAUUUAGACU